GCUUAUGGCGCGUGGAAUAAGAAGGAGGCUUUUGCAGUCCCAGUCCAUCCAAAGACGGACGAGCAGAAAGCUCGACUAACAGAGACGCUGGAGAAGAGUUUUAUGCUCCGAGCCUUGGACUCAAAGGACAUGGAUGCGGUAUUCUAUGUAGAGAUAGUUGAGACACCAUGAUGACGACAGCAGCGCCGUUCUUCUGAACUAACUCGCACCGAAAAACUUCAGGUCCUACACCCUUAGCAGUGAGUGUCCUCUAUAGAAGUGCAUCAUCUUCGUAUCUAUAUAACUAGGGAAUUGCUAGGUAAUCGGCGCCAUGGAAGAAGUAACUGCAACGGCAGGCGAACGCAUGGCCACCCUUGGAGAGAUUGGCGAGCUUUUGUUUGUUAUCGAGACAGGCGCAUUGGAAUGCCGAAAGGAAAUCAAUGGAGUCGAUACACUCCUCAAGACUGUGGAGGAAGGUACUUCCUUAUGUUAUGUAGCAUCUCAAAUUCAUGUUAUGUAGCAUCUCAAAUUCGAAUUCCUAAAUUUCUGAUUUUAUCUCCUUUUAUUUCAAUUUGAAUUCAGUGGGAUCGAUGAGUUACAUCUUCAAGAUCAUGACCAACAUCAUCGCUAUCCCCAUCCUCAUCGUUUCAAGUAUUUGAAAAAUGCGCUAUGGUACUCUCCCUCUAGAAGUUGUUUAUCUUGUGACUCUUCGUCCUGGCACUGUUCUCUCCGCAUCCUCAUGGCAUAUUUGGAAAUAGACAGCCGGCUUGCUUUCCUCUUUCUACGUUUAAUAGGCUUUCCCUUCAAAAUGUGAUGGAUUCGAACAUGUUGGUACAUUUUGAAGGGACAGCCUAUUAAACGUUCGAACCUGUUGGUACAAAAGGUUGGGCUAGGCUCUGGCUCAUCCUCAUACUCCAGUGAUGUUGUCAACUUAAUCUUCAUUCUAUAAGCAAGAAGUCUUCAUGCAAACUAUUCGCCCAGUGAAGACGUUUGAUAGGCUAUCCCUUCAAAAUGCCCCCCUUUCUACGUUUAAUAGGCUAUCCCUUCAAAAUGCCCCCCUUUCUACGUUUAUUAGGGGAUCCCUUCAAAAUGCCCCCUCCCAAAAAAAAUCCCUCUUUCUACGUUUAUUAGGGGAUCCCUUCAAAAUGUGCCCCUUCAUGCAAACUAUUCGCCCAGGUGAUGUCUUCGGUGAAUUAGCUGUCCUCUAUAACACGGCUCGUGCGGCCAAUGUUGACGCCAAGACUGACUGCGUCUUGUGGAAGCUGGACCGACGAUCGUUUAAUGAAAUCGUGAAGGAGUCAGCGCAAAAGAAGCGCGAACGCUAUGAAGGAUUCUUAGCAAAAGUUCCGCUCUUGAAGGCCGUGGACGGCUAUGAGCGAAGUCAUAUCGGCGAAGGACUCGGCGCGGAAAGGUAUUUGUUUCCAGCGUCUUUGUUUUGAUAGAAUUGCUUUGCCAUCGUGACCUCCACUCCGUGCUUUUCUCGCAGUACAAAAAUUCUUACCAUGAACGAAAAAAUAGGGCUCGGCUUCUAUCUUAAUCCUCGCCGAACCAACCAUGCCACCUCCGCACACCUUACCGACACUCUCUCCUCCCACUUAGUUUCGCUGCCGGUGACGUGAUUAUCCGAGAGGGGGAUACGGGAGACAAAUUCUACAUCGUCGAGGACGGUCACUGUGAGGCAGUGAAAAGUGGCCUCGAGGGCAAGGCUCUGAAUUACCAAGCGGGCGACUUCUUCGGAGAGUUGACUUCAUGUUGAGCAAACUUGUGUGAGGAAGUUCCUGUUGUUUUGACUAAUGUGAGGAACUUGUUGUGAGUUUUUUGUCAAAAGUAUCUCCCUCUAAUGCUACAGUACGGGUGCUAUGAACAGUACUAUCAGGGGCAUACACGACAUUACAUACUACAGUACUCCCCACCCUUUUCCCUCUGUCUCUUCCCUGAAGCUCUAGGGCCUCUUCUGAAAGACCAAGUACGACAAGCAACGGUAACCGCACUCGAAGAUUCGAAAUUGCUCAUGCUCGAUCGUCGUGCCUUCAAGCGACUCUUUGGCGGAUCAGCGCAACUCGCAGAUGCCUUCGCCGAACAGGAGAAUAAGCACAAACAACAGUAA